AUGGCUGGAUUUCUGAUGAAACAGAUGGUGGGCAACCAGCUCAAUGAAGUAACUGGUGGACUCGGUCUUAAAGGAGGAGACGAUAAUGCGGAGAAAACAGCCGAAGGAGAAGACCCAGAGGUCGUAGCGGCACGGCUCGAAGAGCAGGAACGCCGUAAAGAGAGGCACAGGAAGAUGGAAGCCGAAAGGGAGAAAAUGCGUCAAGGCAUCCGUGACAAGUACAAGAUUCAUAAGAAGGAAGAGGGUGCAGGUGCCGCAAUGGAUUUCACCGAAGGACGUAUCGGUGCUCCAAGAAAAACGCCUGAGGAACUGGCGGCAGCGAUGAACGCUGAAGACGACAGUAUUAUCGGACAACUCGGUCUGACUGAACAAGUGGAAAAGGCAAAGAC